GGCUCCCGCCCGGAACUAGAGCUAUUUUGCAUCAUUCAGGACAUGGUCACACAUGGAGGAUGUAUAGGGGGAGGAGGGAGGAAGGAAAGGAAGUAUAAAGGUCCUGGGGUUUCCAGACGGAGAAGAGCGAUUGAUCUAGCAUCCUCAUCUCAAAGAUCAUUCAAGAUCAAAGAACACCUUCUUCAACAUAGUAAGAUACCAUACUACCGGUCUGCAAAACGACAAACCUCUCUCUCUCACAGCAAAAAUGAAGUUCCUCCUCCUCCUCCCAGCUCUUCUCGGCCUUGCCGUCGCCCACCCAGCAGCUCCCGAGCUUGACCGUCGCGCCGAUCCCCAGAUUGCCCACUUCUAUUUCCAAGCCGCCGCUACCGGCUACAACCUGACUGUUCCCGCCGACGGGAACUGGUAUCCUACUAACAACGGUCUGAACAUCAACAUCAUCACCGCCCUCGACUUCACCGUCAACCAGUGCGAGUUCGCCACGCACCAGCAGGUCGCUUUCAACUACCAGCUGAGCGGUGACUCGUUCCCCAAGGAGCAGUUUGCUGUUGGUCCGCCGCAGCCGAUUGACUCGGUCAGGUGCCACGGUUAUUGUUUGGGGAUUUAUGAGGACUGUGUCAAGAACGGACAGUACGUCGGCACCUGCUGCAACGGCUUCUGCGCGGCCAACAAGUGCCGCCCGUAUGUCUAUCCUCAGGAUAUCUCGGAGUAAGUGAAGCAGAUGGGAGUGAGAUGAAAGGAAAGAUGGAAGGAAGGAUGGAAGGAAGGGUGAAGAAAGGAUAACAGGAUUAUUGGAUGAAUGAUGGGUACUAUUCUACGCACAAUUCUGGGAUGGAAGGAUUUGCGGGUAAUGAUGGAAGGGAACGACGAAUGACUGAACGAAUGGCGACUUUGGGAUGAAAUCUUGUAUUUAGUCUGAACCCUCUUUGUUCCA